CUUGACAACAGCACAUUCGCAAAGAUUUUCUUUGUUUUUCGACGACCUCGCCAGCCACCUGCAGCAGAGUUUUGGAGGCAAACAGAAGGACAACAACGCGCACAAACACAACACAAAGCUGCAUCAUCCGUGCUCACACCCUGAAUAUCGGCAUCGGCAUCGUUGUGCGUGUGUGUGUGAGUGUGUGAGUGUGAGUGUGUGAGUGCCUUCAGCAUACCUCUCUGUGGCGUUGACGUGGAAGCAGGAGGAUUAACGGGACGAAUUUGAACCGAGGACACGCACUCGCGUUUCUCACGUCACGCACUUGGGCAAAGAACGAAGAUGAUGACGCGUAGUGCGUUGGGCACCGUGGCGCUGGCGCUUGUGGCGCUGCUGGUGGGCUCGCUCGCCAUCAGCAUGCCGUGCAGCGCUGCCGGCGCCGGCGAUGUGUCUGCAACAAACAACCGUGCUAGCAGUGGCAAGGGCAGUGGCGAAAGCUCUGCGUCCCUGCUGGGCUUGCUGCUCACGCACAACCCAGCCGUGUCGUUUGCGGCGCUGCGCAAGUCUCAGAACGUGACCGCAUGCGUGCUGGCCCUUUCCAAUCCAAAGUACUGGCCGAAGAUGUUGACGGCGAGUGGGCUGUCCAUCAACUCUCUCGGAGAUUACGAGCAGUGCGUUCACAACUACAACAUGGAGUACUGCGUGCUGGACGGCCACGCUCACCAGCUCGCCCAGGGCGUGUGCAUGCCGCCGCAGUGCACGCAGCAGGAGCUGACCAUGCUGCUGUAUGCGCUCUUUGCCAUGACCCCUGCUGAGCUGGGCGAGGUCUUGGACGAGGAGGUGCAGCCGCUGUGGGACGAGGCAUGCAACCAGAUCCAGGAUCCGAAAGAACAAGAGGAGUGCGAGCAGGGCUACCAGACGUUUCGCGAGGAUGUAAUUGACUCGUAUUCCAUCCUGCGCUACUCCGAGCCCGAGAUGAAGUGCGGAGAGCACAAGCAGACCACUGUCACCGCCGGCUUCGUGGUCAUGCUCAUCAUCUGCUUGCUCAUCAUCAUCCUCGCCACCAUUCAGGCCUGCCGCGAAACAAGGGUGCUGCAGGGGUUCACGGAAGAGGAGAAGCAGAUGUUGAUUGUCAGCAGCGUCAACACCGCGCCAGACUCCUUCGACGACGGUUACAAGGAGUCGCCGCUGCUGUUCCGCGCGUUUUCGAUCAAGGCGAACCUGAAGGAGCUGCUGUCAUCGUCGCCAGCCCGCACUCUCAAGUCCCUCGAUGGGCUCAGGGCCAUCAGCAUGUUUGGCAUCAUCCUCGGCCACACCAUCAACUUCCAGCUGCCCGGCUUCGUCGGUGUGCAGAACCCGGAGGAAAUCUCCAACGAGCUCAACACAUGGAGCACGCAGUUCCUCAUCAGCCAAAACUUCUCCGUGGACACGUUCUUUGUGCUGUCGGGUCUGCUCACCGCAUAUGUGUUCAUCCGCAAGUUCAACGCCGGAAGACGCAUUCCCGUGUUCAUGGGGAUGGUGCUGCGCUAUCUGCGCGUGACACCGCUCCUCGCCUUCAUUGUCGGCGCAUAUGCGUGCUUCUUCAGAUACUUUGGGCACGGUCCCCUCUGGUACAGAUUCCUGCAAGAGCUCGACAACUGCAAGACGGGCUGGUGGCAGCACCUGCUGUACAUCAACAACUUCUACCCCGUCGACUACAAGGACCAGUGUGUGCCCUGGGCAUGGUACCUCGCCGAUGACAUGCAGUUCUCAAUCAUUGGGUUGAUGCUGCUUGGACUGUACCGCUAUUCGAAGCGUGCCAUGUACACGCUCACAUGGCUGCUUGUGCUGUGCGGGCCAAUUGCAACGGGCCUUGUCACCAGCCACUACAACGUUACGCUCACAGAAGGCGACUCGCAGAACCUCAUCUACGACAAGCCGUACACGCGGUGCUCGGCCUAUGCCAUUGGGCUGCUGUGCGGGUGCAUGCUGGCCAACCACACAGAGGCCUUCCGCCGCGUCUCGCCGCUGACAGGCAUCACGUCGCUGUUUGUGUCUGUCGGAGGACUGCUGACGAUCAUGUACAUCACAGCAGCGUUCAACUGGAGCAGCAGUGCUCCAAACUGGACUGACACGGGCAUGUUCGUCUACCAAGCCCUCUGCCGCCCGGCGUGGUCGGUCCUCCUCUGCACCCUCAUUAUCACGUGCGCGUCUGGGUACGGCUAUGCGGUCAAUUGGCUGCUGACGCUGCCGUUCUGGGAGCCGCUUGCCCGCCUCACGUUUGCCGCCUAUCUCAUCCACCCCGCCCUCAUCCGCAUGGUGUACUACCAGCGCACGCAGCUCUUCACGCUCAACCCGGUCGAGUACAGCACCUACUUUGUUGGCUUUCUCACUGCUGCGUAUGUGGUUGCGAGCGUGCUGUUCAUUGUGGUGGAGCAGCCCUCUGCCGUGUUCAUCGGCGCUCUCAAGGGCGGCAGGUGAAGUCCCUCUCGAGCUAGUCUUGUUGCUGUCGUCGUCGUCGUCGUCGUCAUUGUUGUUGUCGUCGUUAUUUUUGUUGUCGGUGUUGUUGUGUUGUUUUCUGUUGGCUUAAUUGCACGACGUUUUGUUUUUUGUUUGUUUUCUGUUGUUUUGUUUUGGCUCGUUCCGCCAGUGCGCGCCCGUGUUGCGUUUGGCAGCAUGUCCUUGUUGACGUCACGCUCCUUGUCCUCCAUAGUUUGUAUCUUCCUCCAUCUCCGUUUGAAACGAAGGCCACCUCAUGAAAAUCAAAACCAAAAAAAAAAAUAUGGCGUGCAGGA